AUGGCUCCCGACGCGGAGGUCAAGGCGUGGGUCUCCGACCGCCUCCACGACCUGCUGGGCUACUCCGAGAGCAGCGUGGCCGGCUUCAUCGUCGCCGUCGCCAAGAAGGCCGCCGGGCCGGACGAGCUCGCGGCCAGCCUGCGCCAGCAGGGCCUGCCCGCCACCCCCGGCACAGCGCAAUUCGCGCAGGAGCUCAUCGCCCGCCUGCCCCGCCGGGCCGCCGCGGAGCCGGCGCAGAGGGCGCGGGAUCGCGCGGCGGAACAAUUCGCGCGAUCGAAUGCGCGUUACGCGCUCCUGGAGGACGAUGGCGACGAUGGGGAGGCGCAGGCGACUGCCGCAGCGGCAGCCAAGGAGAGGUCCAGGGGGGGUAAGAAGAAUUUGAGGCAGCGCGCGAAGGGAGGGGAUUAUGAAGACGACGACACAAAGGUGCGGGAGAGAAAGCGGCCACGGAGAUCGUGGGAGGAGGAGGAGGAGGAAGGUGGCCAAGAGGAGAAAGCCAGGGAGAAAGACAGGGAAGAGAAGGAGGCUUUCGAAGCCAGGCUGGAGGCCCGGGAUAAGGCGCAGACCAGGAAUGUGGCUGAGCCCAAGAUGAGUAAGGCUGAGAGGAGGGAGGCGGAGAUGAGGGAGAGGGCUGACGGGGAGGGGCGGCAGGAGGCGGUGCCCAAGCUGAGGGAGUACUCACGGCAGGCGUACCUGGGCAAGCGGGAGGCGCAGAAGCUGGAGGCGCUGAGGGACGAGAUCGAGGACGAGAAGUACAUGUUCGAGGGGAUGGAGCUGUCCAGGAGGGAAAGGGAGGAGAUCAGGAAGAAGGAGGAGCUGCUGAGGAUCGCGGAGGAGCACAGGAGGGGGCUGGAGGCGUUGAAGGAGGACGGGUACCGGAUGCCGGACGGUUAUGAUGAGGAGACGGCGCAGGGGAGGGAGAACCGGUUCAAGGCGCUGUAUGGGAGGUACCAGGAGGUGCCGGAGGAGGAGGACGAGGCCACACCGUGGAAGGUGCAGGAGCGGUGGGAGGACGCCCAGGCCAGGAAGUCGAGGUUGAAACCCGGGGGAGGGAAGGCGCGGGGGGACGAAUAUGAGCUGAUUACAGAGGACCAGAUUGAGUUCAUAAAGCAUGAGUACCUGACGGGGGAGAGGGAUGUGGAUGAGGAGUCGGAGGAUGAGCGGGAGAGGGAGCAGCGGGAGCGGAUGGAACGGGCGAAGACGAAGAAGGAGAAGAUAAGGGCCGAGCGAGCUGCCCUGCCAAUAUAUCCCUACAGGGACGAGCUUCUGGAUGCCAUCGAGAAGCACCAGGUGCUGAUCAUUGUUGCGGAGACUGGGGCGGGCAAGACCACCCAGAUCCCCCAGUACCUGAUGGAGGCGGGGUAUUCCAACAUGGGCAAAAUCGGAUGCACGCAGCCACGAAGGGUGGCAGCCAUGAGUGUGGCAGCACGGGUGGCGCAGGAGAUGGAUGUCAAGCUGGGGGGAGAGGUGGGGUACUCCAUCCGAUUUGAGGACUGCACCUCCGACAAGACAGUCAUAAAGUACAUGACGGACGGCAUGUUGCUGCGGGAGUUUCUGGGCGAACCAGACCUUGCCACCUACAGUGUCAUGAUAAUUGAUGAAGCGCACGAGCGCACACUCUCAACUGAUGUGCUUUUCGGGCUGGUGAAGGACAUUACACGAUUUAGGGAGGACUUGAAGCUGCUGAUUUCCAGUGCAACACUUGACGCAGAAAAGUUCUCCGAUUACUUUGACAAUGCACCGAUCUUCAAGGUGCCUGGGCGACGCUACCCUGUAGACAUAAUGUACACAAAGGCCCCUGAGGCGGACUACGUGGAUGCUGCUGUUGUGACAGUGCUGCAGAUCCAUGUCACCCAGCCUACUGGAGACAUUUUGGUUUUCCUCACGGGCCAAGAGGAGAUCGAGAAUGCGGAAGAGGCAUUGAAGGAGCGCACACGUGGCAAGGGAAGCAAGAUUGGCGAGCUGAUGGUGUGUCCCAUUUACGCCAACCUGCCCACCGACCUGCAGGCGAAGAUAUUCGAGCCCACACCUGAGGGCGCUCGCAAGGUCGUCUUGGCCACCAACAUCGCCGAGACGUCCGUCACGAUCGACGGCAUCCGCUACGUCAUCGACACCGGCCUCGUGAAGCAGAACAGCUACAACCCGCGAUCGGGCAUGGAGCAGCUGCUGGUCACGCCGGUCUCCAAGGCGGCCGCCCAGCAGCGCGCGGGCCGCGCGGGGCGCACCGCCCCCGGCAAGUGCUACCGCCUCUACACCGCAUGGUCCUACGAGCACGAGCUGGAGGACAACACCAUCCCCGAGAUCCAGCGCACCAACCUGGGCAACGUGGUCCUCAUGCUCAAGAGCCUGGGCAUCAACGACUUGGUCGGAUUCGACUUCAUGGAUCCCCCACCCUCGGAGACGCUGAUCCGCGCCCUUGAGCAGCUCUACGCGCUGGGCGCGCUCAACGACCGCGGGGAACUCACUAAGCUUGGCCGGAGGAUGGCGGAGCUGCCGCUGGACCCCAUGCUGUCCAAGACGCUGAUCGCAUCGGAGGCCGGCGGCGUGAGCGAGGAGAUCGCCACGGUGUGCGCGAUGCUGUCCGUGGGCAGCGCCGUGUUCUACCGGCCCAAGGACAAGGCCAUCCACGCGGACAGCGCCCACGCGGCCUUCCACCGCGGGGACGUCGGCGACCACGUGGCGCUGAUGAACGUGUACAACGCCUGGGCGGAGACCGACUUCUCGCAGCACUUCUGCUACGAGAACUUCGUGCAGGAGAGGGCCAUGAAGCGCGCGAGGGACAUACGCGACCAGCUGGUGGGCCUUAUGGAACGGGUGGAAGUGGAGAUGGUGUCGGAUGUCGACAACCAUGAUGCGAUCCGCAAGGCGGUUACAGCGGGGUUCUUCUACCACGCGGCCCAGCUGCAGAAGGACGGGUCGUACAAGACGGUGAAGAACCGCCAGACCGUGCACCUGCACCCCAGCUCCGGGCUGAGGGAGGUGCUGCCGCGGUGGGUGGUGUACCACGAGCUGGUGCUGACCAGCAAGGAGUACGUGCGCGGCGUGUCGGAGAUCAAGCCCGAGUGGCUGGUGGAGAUCGCGCCCCACUACUACGACAAGAAGGACGUGCGGGACGAGGCGGGUAAGAAGAUGCCCAAGGGGAAGGGGAGGGCGAGCAUGACGGCCUGA